ACAUGACGAGUCUCCAGUUGCUGCUCUUCUUGGUGUGCGUGGUGACGUCAGCGCGCGCGUACCACGUGCUCUGCGUAUUCCCGAUACCUUCACGCAGCCACAACUCCCUCGGCAAAGGGAUAGUUGAAGCCUUGCUUGGAGCUGGCCACGAGGUGACAUGGGCGACUCCGUUCCCUCCUAAAGAAUCGAUUAAGGGCCUGAAACUAAUCGAUGUUAGCGCCACAUCAUCUGUAAGUGAAAUGAUAGACAUGAACGACCAAAGAAACGCUGAUGCUGGUAUCGCGUUGAUCAGGACCUUCGCUGCCAAUAUCACGAGGCUGUCCCUCUCGGUACCAGCGCUGCAGCAGGCGAUCGUCAGCGGGAAAUACGACGCGGUCGUCACAGAGUCCUUCUUCAACGAUGCCGAGGCGGGUUACGGAGCAGUACUUCAAGUGCCCUGGAUCCUGUUGUCCAGCGUCUCCAUAAUGCCUCACUUGGAAGCCAUCAUCGAUGAGGUGCGGUCGAUCACCACCAUACCGCUGCUGUUCAACAACGCCCCAACCCCCAUGGGCUUCUGGGACAGGCUGACAAAUAUCUUCAUCUACAGCGCCAUGACGAUAUCUAAUUUGCUAGAGCGCCCAAACACGGUGGCAUUCUACGAAUCCCUGUUCGCGCCGCUGGCCGCCGCCCGGGGGAUCGCGCUGCCCCCCUUCGAGGAAGCCCUGUACAACGUAUCGGUGCUACUUGUGAACUCCCACCCGGCGUUCGCUCCGCCCAUGAGCUUGCCCCCGAACGUUGUCGAGAUCGGGGGCUACCACAUCAACCCAGAAACACCCCCCUUGCCGAAGGACCUGCAGCACAUCCUGGACUCGUCGCCACAGGGCGUGGUGUACUUCAGCAUGGGCUCAGUGCUCAAGUCGUCCAGACUGUCCGAACGAACUAGACGAGAGAUAUUGGAAGUGUUCGGGUCAUUGUCGCAGACGGUGCUGUGGAAAUUCGAGGAGGAGCUCAAGGAUCUACCGAAGAACGUUAUCGUUCGACCAUGGAUGCCACAGUCCAGCAUCUUGGCUCAUCCGAACGUGAAGGUCUUCAUCACGCACGGCGGCUUGCUCAGCACCCUCGAGACCUUGCAUUACGGGGUACCGAUCCUCGCUGUGCCGGUGUUCGGGGACCAGCCCUCGAACGCAGACAGGGCUGUACGUCAUGGAUUUGCGAAAAGCAUACAGUACAAGCCUGAUAUGGCUAAUGACAUGAAGGUGGCUCUGAAUGAAAUGCUGAGCAAUGAUAGUUACUACACGCGUGCGAGAUAUCUGUCGAAGAUCUUCAGCGAUAAGGUGGUGCCGCCGGCCAAGCUGAUAUCGCAUUACGUGAAGGUCGCCAUCGAAACUAAUGGAGCCUACCACCUGCGCUCUAAGAGCCUGCUGUAUCCGUGGUACCAGCGUUGGCUCGUGGACAUCAUAGCGGCGCUGAUGCUGGCGUGCCUCGCGGUGUACGUAGCGGCCAGGAGGGUCUUGUGUUACCUCUGGACCUCCGUGAACGGCGGUCACUGUAACAGGAUUAAAGUCAAGAAAAACUAAUCUGUACUUUAUUUUGUAAAUAAAUCCUUUUUUGUA